GAUAGCAGGUAGCCUGAUAUUAACGAUAUCUCAUUUGAUUAAAUUCAUGCGCGUGUGAGUUCAUCUAAAACUACGAAUAACUAUUUUCUAAAAUCAUGGAAUGGUACCAUUAUGACGGGAGUGAUGGAUAUGUUGAAUAUUACCAACAUAUAAUGUUUAUAUUGGAAUCAAAACAAAAGGAGCUGCGGAAUUAUGUCAGUCAAGGUUCGUUUAUGGUGCGAGCGGCUGGCGGAGCGGCAAUCGGUGGACUACUGGGAGGCCCUGGCGGGGCCGUCAUCGGAGCAACCGUAGGUUCCGUGUUUGGUUUGGUUCGCCGGGAUACGUACAGCGAACUACAAGACAAGUUAAAAAACAAGCCCAACGACAAGAAAAGGGAGCUGGUACACGCUGUCCAAGCCCUUGUCCGAAGCAGAUCUAAGGCGGAACUGAACCUGUACGUGGAGGCUCGAUCGCAGCAAAAACAGUUCAUAGACUGUAUCACGAAAUUUACUUGAACGAUUUAUAGACUGUAUCAAGAACUUCACUUAAACGAUUGAUAGACUGUAUCACGAAAUUUUCUUGAAAAAUUUAUAGACUUAUCAAGAACUUCACUUGAACGGCUUAUAGACUUAUCAAGAACUUCACUUGAACGAUUUAUAGACUAUACCAAAAAAUUCACUUAAACGAUUUAUAGACGGUAUCAAGAAAUUUAUUUGAACGUUUCUUAAGGCUCUAUCACAUCUUUUACUUCAAACAAUUUACAGAUUGUAUAUUCACCUUAAAAUAGACUGUAUCAAUAUAUUCACCUUAAUACUCCACAUAUUUAUCAUUCGAUACAUGAACGUGAACAAUU